AUGCGUUCAUCAUCAACUGGCUCCGACUUCACCCACAGGUCGAAAAGAUGGUUGAAGGAAUCCUCCAAACUCACCGUCUCGGUCGUUUUUACCAGCGCCCUGGUUGUCUUCGUCAUAGGACCUUACCUGACUAUCAAACAGUGCAAAAGGAUACCGCGCCUCAUCAACAACAAGAGACGGAGCUAUCAAUUCCGGCACGGCCGCUUGCCAAAGUCCAAACCCAUCAGCCAAGUGUUGGUCGAAGCUGCAGGUCACCGCAGUAAUGUUUCACCAGCCAGUAUCCUGAGCUUGCCAAUCGAGAUCCGACAACAAAUCUACGAGCUAGUGUUACCCUCGAAGAAAGUUUACCAGCCGUGUCCAGGCCCCCCGAAGUAUCCUCUCUUUGAGUAUCACGGGCCCCAGCCGCCUCACUGGCCAUCUCAUCAGCAGAUACGCAGCGACGAGGACCCGCCAAGCCAGGCUCUCGGCGCGAUUCUGCGUGUUGGGGGAUCCUACUUGGAUCCCAUUCCCGCGCCCAAGAGACAAGGCUGUGUAGUGUACAGUUGCCUGACGCAGUUGAUCUGCGGAGACAUGAGCAUGGAACUCGAGUGGGGGAGACACGACGAGCCCCGCUCCCUCACCGACAUCAUGAGAUCGAGUCGGACCAUCUAUGGCGACUUGCUGCAUCACUUCUACGCGAGGAACACGUUCUCGUUCUUUGGGGCGGAAUCGCUGCUGUGUUUUGUCCGGAACGCCAGCCCGGAGGGUUUACGACUCAUACGCUACGCGCAUCUGGCCAUACCGCUUCAGAGCGAGAGAUGGAUGUCGAAAAGCAGCAAGGCGGCCUUAGUCGCCAAGGCCUUCGAAGUGCUUCAGGAACAGUUCGAGAGCCUGAAACAGUUGGACGUUGAGGUGGUGAUCUUGUGGUCACAGCCAGCAGAGCCGCAGCUAAUGGCGGAUUGGCUCAGAGAUAAAGUCUUUGGACAACUGCAUGCGCUGGAAAAGUUGGUUGUCAAGGUCACUGUUUACAAAGGGAGGUCAUCUAACAGUCCCUAUGACCCUCCAGAAAUGGAGCCGCUGAGCAGUUGGAGCGAGAAGUUGUACAGAAGUGUGAAGACAGCCGCCACCUCGGAACCGGGAAACUGA